AUGGGAAAAUACAUAACUAAUUGCAUGAAUUGUCACUUCACCUGUCACUAUCCUUGUAGAAUUCCUAGAGAUGAAGAUAAGCAUGGUUGUGCCGCUAUCAAUAGCAGCACAGGAAGAUGCAAAGUCUGUCCGCGCCAGUGUGAGUGGAGUGUGCACUACAAUCAGAAAUACAAAUUUGAAUAUACCACCAAAAAAGAGAGAAGGACCUAUGAAGAACUGAAGCAAAAGUAUGAACGUGCCUCUGGUGAGCUGAUGACCACAGAGAAAUUGCUUGAAAAGCUUAAUGAGGAAUAUGAAGAAGUGAAACACAUCUUAGAAGAGCUCAUCAAGAAAUCAUCUCAAAGCCUCCAGCGCCUUCAGGCGAUUGCACUGAAGCCCAGCCCACUCUCUACCCCAGAGUACAUUGAUCUGCUCAUCCUGUCCGAAGAACAGGAGCUGAAGCCUGGAUAUCAGCAGCGAAUCCGGUCCCUGAAGGAAGUGAGGAAAGUAGCUAGUUGA